GGUGGAAGAGCUUUAAGGUCCCUCCACCCUAAACCAUUCUGUGAUUCCAUGAUUAAAUCCUGCUCCAGUGGAAGCCUCCAGGCCUGUGGCUUAAGGCCACCACGUGCUGCUCCCUUCCAGGCUGACUGAGCUGCGGCUGGGACUGUCAAUGCUGAUGCCUGAAUUUUCAGCCCACGAGAGCAGUGCCCAUCCCUGGAGAGUUGCUCAAUGUGCAGGAUGAAAAAGAUGCCAAGUUCCUGUGCUCCUUCCUUCCGGCACAGCGAGGAGGAGGGGGAGAGGAGCUGCCCAAGGGCAGAGCCAGCGUCACUCCUCUCCAGGCUCCUCUCCCGUUCCUUCUCUGCUCAGCUCAUGGAGAAGCUCCUGCACCUCACCUUGGUCUUCCUGUCAGCAUCCUGUGCUGCAGAGAACGUCACCGUGGUGGCCGCCAUGGAGGGGGACACCAUUUCUGUCAACUGCUCCUACGACCCCCGGCAGUGGUGGCGGGAGAAGAGCUGGUGCAGGCAGCUGGACCAGAGCCGGUGCCAGCAGGUGGUGAGCUCCCCACCCGCGUGGCUGCCCUUCCCCAGGACCAGGAGAGGCACCACCUCCAUCAGGGACAACACCCGCACCGGGCUCCUGACGGUCACCCUGAGGCGCCUCCGCAAGGAGGACGCGGGGCUGUACCAGUGCAAAACGGAUUUCCUGGGAGAAACAAAGAGCCUGAGGAAGGUGCGGGUGGAAGUGCUGGCAGCAGCUGACCUGGUGACCCACGUGCCAGAGGAGCCCAGAGCUGUGCAGAGCAUCUCCAGGUCCCCUCCCAAGGUGGAUUUCACUGUUUUCUACAUCCUCGCUGGAUUCCUGGUGGCCAAGUUCAUGGUGGCUGUGCUGGUCUGUGUUGUUGCCCACAGCAGGAAGAACAGGGAGAGAGGGCAGAACCCAGGCCUGGGUGAGCAGCAGGUGCUCCCGUUCCCUGCUGACCUCAGACGUGAUGGAAUUGGCCUCUCCUGGGAGAGCUCUGCAUGAGCCAAGCCAAAGGGAAUCCAUGGAAAAGGAAAAUCAGGCGUUUGCCACCUGCCGUAAGUAAAGGAUCGCUACUCAACACAGGAAGAACCUGUCACUCUGGAGAGGGAACAUCCUCAUCUUCUUCACCACCUCUUCCCCUUGGCACCUCAUCCCCAGGCAGUUAUUCCAGGCAUCAUUCUCAGGACCAUUCCAUCAUGGUCUGAACUGACACCCAUCAACUUUCUGUCACCUCAGGGCACAGCCAGGUGACAGAUUCUGUCUUUGCAAGGUGAGGAAGAGCAGCUCCCCAAAGCUGCUUUGGACAGUGGGAAUGCUUAGAGAAAAUCCCUGUGGAAAGGAGCAAGGAACUGCAGGAUAUACCAGGAAAGGGAUGUGGUCUCCUUGCAGCUCCAAGCUGGUUUCCUCCUCUCUGAAGGCACUUUGUGAAUACAAGAACAGUCUCUCUGUUGUUCUUCUGUGUUUUCUCUCCCAUGUUCCUCCCUCCCCACAGUGAGGCUGCACUCAGCUCUCCCAGGCUCCAAACCCAUGGGCACUCACAUUUCUUUUUCCCUGCAAAACUCAAUAAAAUGCAGCUGAUUCUCUGGCUUGGUGUGGAUUCCUGCAGGACACCAGGUCACAGUCAUGUCCCAGAGGAGAGGUGAUGCUUGGAACACACUGGAGUGUUUAGAACAUCCAGGAACACUCAGAGCCAGUGGGACAGGCUGGAACAUCCAGAGCCAGCUCCCUGCAAGAACAGCAGCUCAGAGCCCAACCUCUCAUUGCCCACAGAAGCAAUGACUGAAAUCUGCUUAUUUCAAUUACACUUUUGGGUUCUUAUUUUUAGAGUAGUUCUGUGUUUUGUCCAGAAAUUUAAAUUCAUGGUGGGAAUCUGGCAGCCCUUGUCCUUCUGAGGCCUUUCCCUCUCACCACUGUGAGGUUCUCAGUCUUAAAUCAGCAACUUUUGUGGAAGAAAAUCUUUCUUUGUUGCACUUUCCUGGUUCAGACAGGUGACUUGCUGUAUGACUGCAUCCACAGAGAGGAAUUUGCCAUCUGAAAUAAAGCAUCUCCAAGGAAAUGAAAAGAAAUUAGUCAAUAAUUUACUGAUUAACAUCAAAAACAAUGC